AUCCUUCAUCCAAUUUUGUGGGCUUUUGGUUUUCAAAUCCCCUACGAGGUUGGUUCAACUGGGUUGGGAGAAAAUAAGAAAACCCAUGAAUGAGUUCAAAGGCGAUGACCAAGAGCCCUACAAGCUCCAAUCCUAGCACCCCUGAUAAUUCUGCCAGGGGCGGCGACAAGAAGAAGAAAUCAAUAAUCCCAAAGAUCUUCAGCUCAAAGAAAAUCAACAGGGGAGGAUCCAACGACGAUAUUCUUGGAUCAGAUGCCGAAGCCCCCACCCCAUCCCCAGAAGAUAACAAAGAUACAACCAAGAGAAAAUCGUUGGUGGAUUCCCCUGCUUUAAUGCGCAAAAACUUCUCAGAAAGAGGGACGAGUCCUGGAAUCGAAGGUCUGAACCUGUCCAACUUCGAGCAGUCCAUGACCUCUACAACUGAAAUCAAAGAAUUUCGGAUCUAUGUCGCGACAUGGAACGUUGGAGGCAGGACACCCGACGCCAGCUGGAACCUCGAAGAUUUCCUCCAAGUAGAUGAAACUCCUGACUUAUACAUUUGUGGGUUUCAGGAAAUUGUCCCUCUCAGCGCAGGAAAUGUGCUUGUGAUUGAAGACAGCGAGCCAGCGACAAAAUGGUUGGCACUCAUAAGCCAAACGAUCAACAGGACGACGAACUGCAACAUCGUUCCCCCGGGAUCUCCAGUUUCAGGUCAACUUUCAUCCAAUGCUCAAAACAAGGAUGCAAAGUCCCAUAACUUCUUCAACAAGCAAUCAGUCAAGGUCCUGACGAAGAACCUCAGGGUAGACGCCAGCCUUCUGAAGAUCUGCAACUGCGCCAGUGAUCUUCCCACGCGAGAUAGGCAGCAGCGUGGGAGAGAGUUCAGUGGGCCGCUGACCAACCGAGGCAUGGGGAGUCAGGAUUUCGGGUUGGAUGAUGAAUGUCCUCCUAACGAACCUGCACCGUCCCCUGGUUCGAACACCAACCAGAUGGUCUAUAGCCUCGUAAGCUCCAAGCAAAUGGUCGGGAUUUUUCUGUCGGUUUGGGCUAGGAAGGAAUUGGUGCCACACAUUGGUCAUCUCAGGACUUCUUCAUGUGGGACUGGGAUCAUGGGCUGCCUAGGCAACAAGGGAUGCAUAGCGAUAAGCAUGUCAUUGCACCGGACGAGCUUUUGCUUCGUGUGUAGUCAUUUGGCGUCAGGGGAAAAGGAAGGCGACGAACUGAAGAGGAAUGCCGAUGUUUCUGAGAUCCUGAGGAGCAUUCAGUUCCCCAAGAUAUGCAAGAACCAAAUCAACCGAGCACCGGAAAAGAUUACCGGGCACGAUCGAGUGUUUUGGUUCGGGGACCUGAACUACAGGAUAUCGCUGAGCUACGAGGAAACCAAAGUCUUACUUGAAGAGAAUGAUUGGGACACCCUUCUUGACAGGGAUCAACUUAACAUGGAGAGAGAAGCAGGGAGGGUGUUCGAUGACUUCUGUGAAGGAAGGAUUCUGUUUGCUCCCACUUACAAGUACUCACUCAACUCGGAUUUGUACGCGGGAGAAACGGUGAAGAACAAGAAGAAACGCAGAACCCCUGCCUGGUGCGAUCGAGUGCUAUGGCGCGGAGAAGGGGUGGAGCAAAUGUCGUACAUAAGAGUGGAGUACAGAUAUUCGGAUCACAGGCCGGUUUGCGCAAUCUUCUCAGUAGAGGUGGAAAUGAGCGCUACAAGAAGCAAUAACAACAGGUUCAGAAAAGGCUAUUCUUGUACAGCUCCAAGAGUUCGAUAUGAUAAUGACUGUAGUAACCCCCAAAGACACAACUUCUAUGGCUACUAACUAACUAAUAUCAUCCCAAAAACAGCAGAAAAAGGGUUAAAAUGGUGAAACCCCUAUUGGGAACAACAUAUAUAGACUUUCUUCUUCUCAACUCUUGAAUAGCAUUUCCCCCCACUGAAACUAGGUCUCCCUCUGUAAACCUCCAAUUCCAACUCUCUCGUUCAUGUGCAACCAUGUCGAUAUAAUGCACCGAAUUCCACUGAAACCCUCUUCCCGCAUUUGCUUCAUUUGAUUAGAUUUUAGCUGGGGCUAGUUGGUUCCACAUAACCCAAAUCCCAGAUCGAAGUUGAAUCUGCACCAUUAUUGUGAUUAUGAUCAUCCAACAGUGAUGGAUACAGAUUCAAGUCCAAUUCAUGUUCCGACCUCCCAAACCCUAACCCUGUUGUCUCCUGCGGCAAUCCCAGUUCUUCAAUUCCGCUACCGCUGCCACUCCAGUACUCCGAAGCUUCCUCUGUUUCCAUCGACAACGGUUCGCCUCCGCCGUAGACAUUAACACUUUCCAGCACCAUAUUAGCCCAAUCGGUCACGCUCAGCUCGCUACUCGCUUGAGCUGUAACCAUCGGCGGGCUGAGCAACGGAUUGUGAUUGCUCAGCAGAGGAUAGUAGUCGUCGCCAUCGCUGCCGCUGGUUUCCAAGCUUGUGUCCGUCUCGAAAGGAAGCUUCUCCGAAAAAGCGCAAUCCAAUUGGUGGCCCGAUCUGGUGUUCUUGUCUGCAAACCCUAGCCCCGGCUUGCUCUGCGGGCACACUUCGUUCUGGCAGGGAUACAGAACCUCCUCCUCCUCCGCCGCCGCCUCUCUCCCGAAAUUGCCCUUCCUCUUCUCCGCCAAAACGGAGGAGGAAGUGGAAGAAGAAGAGGAAGGGUCUGUUUCCGAGAUUCGGAGGCUGUUGCUCAGCUGCUCGCCGAGAAGAGCUUCCUCCUCAGUAACGACGUUAGACCAAAUCGCCGUCUCCUUCGCCGUCAUCUUGUCCUGCAGGCACUUGGAGUGCCUCACCAGCCGCCGCAUCCGGUGGAAAUCCGGCGCCAUGUGCUUAAUCACCGCCGUCAGCAGGCUCACCUUCCACGACUUCUUGAGAUCGUGCGGCUUCCGAUACGGCGGCGGCCCCUGCUCCUUCGCCGCCGCCUCCUGCUGCUCCCACCAGAUCUCGUCCCCGGUCGGCCACCACGGCGGCGCCAGCCCCCUCUCCAGAGGGAACCGCCGCUGCGGCGGCGCGCAGUGCUGCAUCAGCGCCGAAAUCAAGGACCCCAGCGUGGUGUCCUGGAGCUCGUUGAGGCGGUGGAGGUAGGUAGCCGCCGCGGCCGCGACGGCGGGAGGCACGGCGGAGGAUUGGAAUUGGACGAUGGCCUCGGGUGCGGAGUGGUCGAACCGCACCGCCUCUUUCCACCAGCUGCGGAGGCUGUCGGAGGAUCCGCUCACCGGUUUCCCCUUCUCCGGUAUGAUCCCGUAGACGAAACCUUGACCCUUGCAGACCUCCAUGAUCUUGACCAUGUAUUUCAAAAUCGAGUCCUGCGCACGAGCCAUCUUCUUCCUCCUCGAAGCUUCCUGUUUACUCGUGGAGGAAGAACACGAGGCCGUUUCCGGCUUCAGCGCCAGCUCCUUUGUCGUAGCAGCAGCAGUCCCUCGAUUCUCUUCGAACUUCUGGAGCCGUAAUCGAUCCUUCCACAUCCGCCUCUUCAGCUCAUCGUAUCCAAUCGGCUCCUCCGCCUCUGCCUCCGCCGCCGCAGCUUCCCCUGAUUCCGCCGCGUCUACCAGCUCUUCUUCUUCCUCUGCUUCUAGAACAUCCGAAAUGGAUGGCUCGUCAAUUUGCACCAUUCUCUUUUUUGUUUUUUACUGAAAUUUU